ACGAUAAUGUCGGUUUGGUAAACACUAGAAGUGACGCAUGUGCGUGGGCCGUGCGAGGUGGAGUGGGGUGAAGAGAGGAAUCGUGCUGUCGUCGCCAUUUUGUAUUUGUACAUCGAGCAAGCUUGAGAAUCGGACGUCCCGUUAGCAGCUAUUUUUAUAAAGCACUGAUAGUGCUACGUGACCAAAGUUUUUCAUAAAUAUGUGCUCGGUCUCGUACGUGAGGUGAUUGCCUUCAAACUUCGGAUUAUCAUCAACAGUUGCGUGUUAUCGGUGUUAAUUAUUCUGUGCUUUGCAGUGAUGUGCGGUUGAAGAUAGUGGUAUGCUGAGAGAAGCGACAAGUGUCGUGCAGCAAGAUGUCGAAGGAAAUCGCGGACGAGUACGCGUCCAGUCUUGCGGAUUUGACUGUGAACAGCAAGCCGCUGAUCAACAUGCUGACUAUCCUGGCCGAAGAGAACAUCGACCACGCGGGGGUUAUCGUUGAUACUGUGGAGAAGCACUUGGAGAAGGUCCAAGCGGACAUCAAGCUGCCCGUGCUCUAUUUAGUAGAUUCCAUCAUCAAGAAUGUUGGCGGCGCCUACGUGCAGAAGUUCUCUCAGAUCAUUGUUAACAUGUUCACUAGGACUUUCAAGCAGGUGGAUGAGAAAGUCAGAUCACAGAUGUUCAAGCUGCGUGAGACGUGGCAUGAUGUGUUCCCGGCCACCAAACUAUACCAGCUGGAUGUAAAAGUGAAUCUGAUCGAUCCGGCUUGGCCGAUACAAGCACAGCCGCAGCAGUCUACCAUCCAUGUAAAUCCCAAUUUUCUGAAAAAGCCGGUUGCUUCUGCUACAACGAGCACCCCCUCAGCCGAAGAGGAGGAAAAAAUGAAAAUGAUCCUCGCCAAGAAGGAGCAGGAGCUGCUCAUGCUGCAGCGCAAGAAGAUUGAGAUGGAGCUGGAGAAGACCAGGAGGGCGCUCGAGAUCGCCGCGGCUACGAAUACUAAGAUGCCAGCGAUCCCGGCGGUGGUACCCAACAUGCCCGUGGCGCUCGUGAACCCAGUGAUGGCGCCCGUUCCUGAGGCUCCGCCGGUCUCCAUCAAGCAGCGCUUGGGCCCGCCCGUCAGCAAGCCGCCCUCCGGCGCGCGCAUCGCGCCCGUCAGCGCCGCGCUCGCCGCCGCGCGCCGCGACCCCCGCCUGGCGCGCCGCCAGCCGCCGGCGCCGUCCGCGGCCGCGCCCCCCCCCCCGCCCGCCCCGCUCAUACUGCCCAAGCCGCCGGUGUCCGCCCCCGCUCCCAUAGCACCAAACGUGUUCGACAUCAAACCCCUCGAGCGCGCUGUCACUAAACGCAAGAACGUCAUCACUAUAGAUGUGCGUCCCGAUGCGGCGCCCCGCGACCCGCGCCUCGAUAAAAGAUCAGAGAGACGCGAGAAACAGCAGAGGCUCGAGGCGCGGCGCGAGGAGGAACUUAGACGUCGAGCGGCUCGUGAAGCUCGUCGCGAACGCAAAAACGAAGUCAAACCCGUCGAGGAAGAGAAAAAUGAGGAAAAAUACCCAGAAAUGGACAUAGACAAACUCCAGAUCGCCGACGCGAAAAAGAUCAGCAAACUACCGCCGAUCCCCAAAAUCAAAAGGGACGGUAAAGAUGAGAAGCGAGAGCGAAACGCGGCGCGCCUCGAGAAAAAGAAAAAGCGGGAAAAUAGCGGAAGCAGCAAGGAGAGCUCGGCCAGCUCUUCGCCGGAAAAGAAAGCUAAACAUAAGAAGGAGAAAAAAGAGAAACCGGUACCCGAGGAGCAGGAAGAAGUUGUCGCGUUCAAGGAACUGAAGAACUAUCAUCCGGAGCGGUACCGCAACCGGGCGCGCUCGCCGAGCGCCGAGCCGGCGCCCGCGCCCGCGCCCGCUCCCGCCUCCGCCUCCGCCGCCGCCGCCGCCUCCGCCCCCGCUCCCGCUCCUGCCCCAAGCGAGCCCCGCGACACAAAUGAGGCGCCGGAGAGCAAAGACGUGGAUCUGCGAGUGUUACCGACAGUCCAGGCCGAGAAGGCAGCGCCUGUGGCCCAGAAGCGGUCGUCCACGGAGCUGCUGGAGGGCAAACCGAAGAAGAACAAGAUUGAUAAGUUUGACAGACUAUUCGGCAACGAAGACGUGGACCUCCGCCAACUGCCCCAAGUGGAGGAAACCGCCGCUUCCCCCAAAGCGGACAGCGGGGUAUUCACCCAAGACUCCCCACACGUGUCUCCUAAGAAAGACUGGAACGAGGUUAAGGAGAGAGAGGAGACGAAGAAAACUCCUUCUAAGCUGGAUCUAGUCAGGGCGAAGUUGGCCGAAGCGACUAAAGGAAAAGAUAGGCUGGGAAGACCGUUCCUGUUCAGCAAAUCUCCAAGUGUGGAAAAAGAAAGGCGGCGAACCAUCAGCUCAGAAGACGUAGACUUACGGCUCGAGAACCCCGAGGAGUUUGACUGUGAAGACCACAAGAAAACCAUUUCCAUCAUCAUGAACCAAGCCAAGGAACAGUUCAGCGAUGGCAAACUAGACAAGAAUCAGUAUAAUACCCUCAUGUUCCAAGUUCUACAGCUAAAUGAGAAGCUGAAGCUUAAAGAAGCGAAGCAGAGAGAAUCCCUAGAGAUAUCUAAGAGAAAACUACACGCCCAUGUAGAAAACAAUAAGGUGGCAAGUCCAAAAUCGUCUCCGAAAGGAAAUAACUUCGGGGAUAUAGAUGAGAGAGUAAUACCGGGUCCAUUCGCUGAACCAGAUGGACCGCCGGAAAUGAGUUUCAUGCAAGAUUCUGAUAUGAGAAUGAUGGAAGUACCAUCGAAGGGUCUGCUCCCCCGGCCGCCCAUGAUGCCCAUGUUCGCGGGCCCUGGACCUCAGCCCGUCUGGCGCGGGCCUUUCAGACCAAGAGGAGAUGAGUUCGCAAGAAGACCUCGAGGCGUAGUCCCACCGUUUUUCAGAGGAAAGUUCGAUAAGCGGGCGCCGCGAGCUCCAUUCGAGCCUCGCCUGCCUUUCCCUGCUCCUCAGAUGCAACUUCCAACGCCUCAAAUGGGCAACUUCCAGGGCGAAUGUCCAUUAGAACCUUAUGAGCGUGCUGGCACUCCACCACCCCUCGGUGCUCCGGGCGUCAUCAUCCCACCGACCAACAUUCAAGCUUUGGAAUACGUCGACCAAGACCCAGUAAAGACUAUUCAAAUCGAUGGAAUCCCCAGAGAGAUCAGGUUCUAUGGAGAGACUGCUAUUAUCAUGAUGGAUUGGGACGAUCCGCGAGAAAUCAAGUUCCUUCCUGGCAGCAGGCGGGUCACGUUCGAUAACAAGGAUUCUAUAGUCCUAAACUUUAAUGAAGAUUACAAGCAGGUUGAGAUCGAUGAUCAAGUGUUUGACAUCAGAUUUGGAGCUCCGACACGGGAGCUAUUCAUAAAUGGAAGAUGGCAUGAGUGUUUCUUUGGAGGCGCGCCUCUUGGAGUCAUAAUCGAUGGAAAACCUAGAUUAAUCCAUCUCGAAGGCCCACUACCUCAAGUAGAUAUAGGAAAAUUGAAGCGCACUGACCUUGUAGGUGGAAAAAUUAACCUAAUAGUAGACGCUACGCAGAUGUGCCCCAUAUUCUUGGACGCUAAAGUGCAAACGUUCAGUAUUAACAACCAAUUCUUCACUAUACGCUUCGUCGACGCUUUCAGAACAGUUCUGAUCAAUGAGCAGCCUUUCCAAGUAGAAUUCGGAGGGCUACCGAGGCCUAUAUUCAUAGGGAACGAGAAGCAUUUCAUCAGAUUCUCAGUAUUGCCUCGACAUGUAAGGCCGGGGCAUAAUCCUCCUCCUGGUAUGCAGGGGGUGGAGGUGGCGCCCAGUGAAGCAGUUGUGCCGACCAGGGUUGAGAAGAUGGAGACGGAUCCGGAACCACCGAGGCCCAAUAAGACGCCGAGUCCGGAGAAUGAAAUGUCUAACCAAGGUGGCCUCGACAUGCUAGCCAGCCUCAUGCCGUCCAGCAUGGCGCCGGCCUCGGCCUCCGACUACAGCUCCGCCGAGCCUCUCUUCCCGCCGCACCGCCCCAACAACAUCCCCGGCCUGGAAACACCCGCACCCACCGAGCAGAAACCCGCCUUCCCUGUCCUUGGGAAUAUUGAAGAUCUAUUCGCUAAACUAGUGGCUACGGGUAUUAUCAAGACACAGGAAGUUAAAGAGGAGACGAAGGAACGGGAAGAGCCGAGGAUUGAAGAGAAAAUUAAGCCUAGGGAAGAUAGGAAUGUGAUUCAUCGGGUGGACUUGAGCAGACCGGAGACGCUGAGACAGAAGCAACCAGCCCUCGUAGCGAAACUAUACGGCGGCAUGCAAUGCAGCGGCUGCGGCGCUCGCUUCCCUCCCGAGCACACCGUCCGCUACUCGCAGCAUCUCGACUGGCACUUCAGGCAGAACAGGAGAGAACGGGACUCGGCUCGGAGAGCACAUUCAAGGCACUGGCAUUAUGAUUUGGCGGACUGGGUGCAGUACGAAGAACUUGAAGACCUAGAGGAAAGAGAAAAGAGUUGGUUCGAGACCGGCGGCGCCUCGGCGGGCGCGGAGCCGGAGGCGGGCGAGGCGGAGGCGCCGUCCGUGGCGGCCGGCGCGCCCGCGCGCGCCGCCUGCGCGCUGUGCGGCGACGCCUUCCUGCAGUUCUACAACGAGGACCACGAGGAGUGGCAUCUCAGGAACUCCGUGCGCCAUCUGGACCACAACUACCAUCCGCUGUGCUUGGAGGAUUACAAGGCGUCGCUCACAAAAGAAGAGCCGCCCAAAGAGGAAACCCCAGAAGAGGAGAAGAUGGAGGAACCCAUUGAGAUCAAGGACGUCGACGACACGAUCGACAACUCCGACAACGAGUCCGUCGUCGAGGUCGUUGACAACGACAAACCUGUCGAGAUCGACGACCUGGACGACACGUCGGAGCCCGUGCCGGAACCGCCCAACGAGGAAGUACCGGAAGACGGAGAUGAAGACGAUGUUGUGUUCAAGGCGGAGCCAGUACCUGAAGUUGUUGUGGAAGACUACGACACGGACGACGAGACGAGCGCGGAACGUAAACAGCGCGACGAGCAGGCUAAGAUCGACUACGGGAACAUACGGAUAAAGCAGGAGCCUGUCGAUCCAGACGACGAGCCAAUAAUAACGGCGGAGGAGGAGGCGGUCCGCGCGGCGCCCGACACGUCCCGCGCGGCGGCGCUGGCCGCCAUCGACGGCAACGCCGAGCCGCUCGCGCCCGCCGCGCCGCCGCCCGCGCCCAUCCGCAUCAACAUCAGCGCGCCCGCGCACAAGGUGACCACUGUCGACACUUGUAGGGACACGCCCCGCGCGGCGGCGCUGGCCGCCAUCGACGGCAACGCCGAGCCGCUCGCGCCCGCCGCGCCGCCGCCCGCGCCCAUCCGCAUCAACAUCAGCGCGCCCGCGCACAAGGUGACCACUGUCGACACUUGUAGGGACACGCCCCGCGCGGCGGCGCUGGCCGCCAUCGACGGCAACGCCGAGCCGCUCGCGCCCGCCGCGCCGCCGCCCGCGCCCAUCCGCAUCAACAUCAGCGCGCCCGCGCACAAGGUGACCACUGUCGACACUUGUAGGGACACGCCCCGCGCGGCGGCGCUGGCCGCCAUCGACGGCAACGCCGAGCCGCUCGCGCCCGCCGCGCCGCCGCCCGCGCCCAUCCGCAUCAACAUCAGCGCGCCCGCGCACAAGGUGACCACUGUCGACACUUGUAGGGACACGCCCCGCGCGGCGGCGCUGGCCGCCAUCGACGGCAACGCCGAGCCGCUCGCGCCCGCCGCGCCGCCGCCCGCGCCCAUCCGCAUCAACAUCAGCGCGCCCGCGCACAAGGUGACCACUGUCGACACUUGUAGGGACACGCCCCGCGCGGCGGCGCUGGCCGCCAUCGACGGCAACGCCGAGCCGCUCGCGCCCGCCGCGCCGCCGCCCGCGCCCAUCCGCAUCAACAUCAGCGCGCCCGCGCACAAGGUGACCACUGUCGACACUUGUAGGGACACGCCCCGCGCGGCGGCGCUGGCCGCCAUCGACGGCAACGCCGAGCCGCUCGCGCCCGCCGCGCCGCCGCCCGCGCCCAUCCGCAUCAACAUCAGCGCGCCCGCGCACAAGGUGACCACUGUCGACACUUGUAGGGACACGCCCCGCGCGGCGGCGCUGGCCGCCAUCGACGGCAACGCCGAGCCGCUCGCGCCCGCCGCGCCGCCGCCCGCGCCCAUCCGCAUCAACAUCAGCGCGCCCGCGCACAAGGUGACCACUGUCGACACUUGUAGGGACACGCCCCGCGCGGCGGCGCUGGCCGCCAUCGACGGCAACGCCGAGCCGCUCGCGCCCGCCGCGCCGCCGCCCGCGCCCAUCCGCAUCAACAUCAGCGCGCCCGCGCACAAGGUGACCACUGUCGACACUUGUAGGGACACGCCCCGCGCGGCGGCGCUGGCCGCCAUCGACGGCAACGCCGAGCCGCUCGCGCCCGCCGCGCCGCCGCCCGCGCCCAUCCGCAUCAACAUCAGCGCGCCCGCGCACAAGGUGACCACUGUCGACACUUGUAGGGACACGCCCCGCGCGGCGGCGCUGGCCGCCAUCGACGGCAACGCCGAGCCGCUCGCGCCCGCCGCGCCGCCGCCCGCGCCCAUCCGCAUCAACAUCAGCGCGCCCGCGCACAAGGUGACCACUGUCGACACUUGUAGGGACACGCCCCGCGCGGCGGCGCUGGCCGCCAUCGACGGCAACGCCGAGCCGCUCGCGCCCGCCGCGCCGCCGCCCGCGCCCAUCCGCAUCAACAUCAGCGCGCCCGCGCACAAGGUGACCACUGUCGACACUUGUAGGGACACGCCCCGCGCGGCGGCGCUGGCCGCCAUCGACGGCAACGCCGAGCCGCUCGCGCCCGCCGCGCCGCCGCCCGCGCCCAUCCGCAUCAACAUCAGCGCGCCCGCGCACAAGGUGACCACUGUCGACACUUGUAGGGACACGCCCCGCGCGGCGGCGCUGGCCGCCAUCGACGGCAACGCCGAGCCGCUCGCGCCCGCCGCGCCGCCGCCCGCGCCCAUCCGCAUCAACAUCAGCGCGCCCGCGCACAAGGUGACCACUGUCGACACUUGUAGGGACACGCCCCGCGCGGCGGCGCUGGCCGCCAUCGACGGCAACGCCGAGCCGCUCGCGCCCGCCGCGCCGCCGCCCGCGCCCAUCCGCAUCAACAUCAGCGCGCCCGCGCACAAGGUGACCACUGUCGACACUUGUAGGGACACGCCCCGCGCGGCGGCGCUGGCCGCCAUCGACGGCAACGCCGAGCCGCUCGCGCCCGCCGCGCCGCCGCCCGCGCCCAUCCGCAUCAACAUCAGCGCGCCCGCGCACAAGGUGACCACUGUCGACACUUGUAGGGACACGCCCCGCGCGGCGGCGCUGGCCGCCAUCGACGGCAACGCCGAGCCGCUCGCGCCCGCCGCGCCGCCGCCCGCGCCCAUCCGCAUCAACAUCAGCGCGCCCGCGCACAAGGUGACCACUGUCGACACUUGUAGGGACACGCCCCGCGCGGCGGCGCUGGCCGCCAUCGACGGCAACGCCGAGCCGCUCGCGCCCGCCGCGCCGCCGCCCGCGCCCAUCCGCAUCAACAUCAGCGCGCCCGCGCACAAGCCCGCCGCGGCCGCCGCCGCCGCCGCCGCCGCCUCGCCCGAGCCGAGCGACGACGAGCCGCCGCCGCCGGGCGAGGAGCCCGAGCUGACCUUCGCCGUGAAGCCGGCGCUGCGGGGCGUCGUGCUCAGCCGCCAGCCGCCCCGAGUCAAGGGCACCGAGCUCUCCGGGCUCUGCUCUAUCAUGUGAUGCGUGUGUGUGCUGACAGUUUCAAACGGAAGUGAACGUUACCGUCUGCGAAAUAUGAUACCUUUUGCUGUGCGCGUGUACGCUUCCAUUUCAAAUGGGAGUAAACUUUACCGAAAGUGAUUGUAACUUUUCUUGUGUACGGACCCUAAUGGUUAAGAAGAUUAAAGACUGGUAUUCGUUUUUGUGCUUCUCUUGGUGGUAGAAACAUAUUGUGGACUGUAAUAGUGUCUAGAGACGGCCGCCCCGCACCAGGACCUCCAUGUCGCGUGUAAGGUGAUCCGCUGUACGGCCGUUAAGGACGCAGCUAUAAGUGAGGGCGAGAGAGAGAUAUUUUGAAUUUUUGACCGCACCGAGGUCACGGUCCAGUGUGGUCGUCUGUAGACACUUUAAGAACGGUGCAUUUGUGUUGUCACAAUAUUUUGUUACAGGAAUUAUAAACAUUUAUCGCACCAAAAUUAUAUGGAGAAAGCUCGACAGUUGAACUUUAAAUUCUAAAGGUUCUCAAAUAUUUGACUUGAUUGAAUAAAUUAAAUUAAAAUAAUAUAAUAAAUUGGCUAUGUAUAAAUUCUGAAUUCAAAAAAUCAUAACAACCAAACAGAUAAGUGAUCUAUCAAAUAUUAAUUAACUGAUUGAUCUAUCAAUUCGUGAAUAAGUUUAGUAACUUAAAAAUGUAUACUUUAACAUUCAUAUGUAAUUUUGCUGGUAUUAUUGUAAAAUAAUUAAUUCUAACUGGUUUUUUCACUCUCCUAUUUUGUAUAUAUGCAUGUAAGAUUUGAAUAGGGACUGAAUUGUUUAAUAGCUAGAGUCUGACUCUUUAGAAACUGAAAUAGAAUUUACUUUUAUACUAAUGUGUGUACGAAACCAAGUAGUGAUUGUAUAAUUUUAAUUUAAACAAAAUGUGAUAUUAAAAUUAAGUUUGUGUAUUCUGUUUGAGAGCUAGGUGUGCUCGAGUGGUGGGUGUCAUUAUUUUUCUGUACAUAUUAUUAAAUUACAUAUACUUAAAACUGACUGUCUUAGAGCUCAUUUAGACGGUGCGACUACUCGCAUGCGAGUUUCAUUGCGGUAUUUGAUCGGUCGGCUGAAAUGAAUGUAACCUCAAUAAUGUGUAAUGUAACCUCAAUAGGUAAAAUCGCAUGCGAGUUCGCGCGCCGUCUAAAUGAGCAUUUAUUGUCAUCAUAAACUUUGAUUCUUUUCUUACCUGUAUGUAAGCUCUAAUUCUAAUUGCGAAAAGGAUUUUGAAUCUCUUUUCAACAACAAACAGCAACACUCACUUAUAUUUUGUAAUAAGGUCCACCGAACAGUGCGGGUGAUGGUAGCCAAUUUUACUUUAUGUAUAUUUGUUUGAAGUAUGUUUCAACUUGAAACUGAAGGAUGUUAGAUUUAACGAAUUGUUACCUGUUCUAGUUAGCUUUUGCUCAAACUGUUUAAUAAAAAAAUGAAAAAUUUAAAAAUAUGGUUUUCUUUUAUUGUACACAAAUUUGCCUUUGUCUCUUCUAUUUUCUGUUAAAUUAAGAAUCACAUCACAUAAUUUGUUUCAUUUAGUUUUUAAUUUGUAAAUAAAGUUAACAAUCAUA